AUGGGGCUGCCACUAGCCCUCCUGGUGGCCCUCUGCCUGACUCUGACCUGGGUCAGGGGCUCAGAGCUCCAGAGAGGUGAGAGGGGUCAGGGUGGGAGGGCGCGGCAGCUGGAGACGCCCUUUCAGGGGGCUGAGACCGCGGUCCUCAGAGGGCCGCUGCCAGGCCGGAGCCUCGGACGGACAGGCUUCCUGGCGACGUGGGCUGCUCACGCGCCCACCCGCUGCUCCCCAGAAGGCAGGACCCGGAACCACGGCCACAGUGUCUGCAGCACAUGGGGUGACUCCCACUACAAGACCUUCGACGGAGACAUCUUCCGCUUCCCCGGGCUGUGCGACUACAACUUCGCCUCUGACUGCCGGGACACCUACCAGGAGUUUGCUGUGCACCUGAAACGAGGCCCCGGCCGCAGUGGGGGCCACCCCCAGGUCGAGUACAUCCUGCUGACCAUCAAGGGUGAUGCCAUCUACCUCACCAGCCAGCUUGUUGUGGUGAAUGGCGCCGUGGUCAGCAGCCCGCACUACAGCCCGGGGCUGCUCAUCGAGAAGACUGACGCCUACACCAAGGUCUAUUCCCGUGCGGGCCUCACGCUCAUGUGGAACCGGGAAGACUCGGUCAUGCUGGAGCUGGACAGUAAGUUCCGGAACCACACGUGUGGCCUCUGCGGUGACUACAAUGGUCUGCAGACCUACUCUGAGUUCCUCUCCGAUGGCGUGCUCUUCAGUCCCAUCGAGUUUGGGAACAUGCAGAAGAUCAACAAGCCUGAGGAGGUGUGCGAUGGCCCCCAGGAGGUGCCGACCCCCGAGUCCUGCUCUGAGCAUCGCGCCGAGUGCGAGAGGCUGCUGACAGACGCGGCCUUCGAGGACUGCCGGGACCUGGUGCCUCUGGAGCUGCACGUGCAGGCCUGCAUGCAGGACCGUUGCCAGUGCCCGCAUGGCACCUCCUGCGUCUGCAGCACCAUCGCCGAGUUCUCCCGCCAAUGCUCCCACGCAGGUGGCAGGCCUCGGAACUGGAGGACCGCCUCGCUCUGCCCUAAGAGCUGCCCUGGGACCAUGGUUUACCUGGAGAGCGGCUCGCCCUGCAUGGACACCUGCUCACACCUGGAGGUCAGCAGCCUGUGUGAGGAACAUCGCAUGGACGGCUGUUUCUGCCCAGAAGGCACUGUGUACGAUGACAUCAAGGGUGGCGGCUGCAUUCCUGUGAACCAGUGUCACUGCAAGCUGCACGGACACCUGUAUGCACCUGGCCAACAGAUCACCAACAACUGCGAGCAGUGUGUUUGCAACGCCAGCCGCUGGGUGUGCCAGGACCUGCAGUGCCCCAAGACCUGUGCCCUGGAGGGCGGUGCCCAUAUCACCACCUUCGACGGGAGGAAGUACACGUUCCACGGGGACUGCUACUACAUGCUGACCAAGGUCACCCACAACGACUCCUAUGCCAUCCUGGGCGAGCUGACCCCCUGCGGCUCCACCGGCAAGCAGACCUGCCUGAAGACAGUGGUGCUGCUGGUUGACAACAAGAAGAACGUGGUGGCCUUCAGGUUGGACGGCAGCGUCCUGCUGAAUGAGCUGCAGGUGAAGCUGCCCCACGUGACGGCGAGCUUCUCCAUCUUUCAACUGUCCUCCCACCACCUCGUCGUGACCACCGCCUUCGGCCUCAGGCUGCAGGUCCAGCUGGUGCCAGUCAUGCAGCUCUUCCUGACGCUGGAACAUGCUGCCCAGGGGCAGGUGCAGGGCCUCUGCGGGAACUUCAACGGCCUUGAAGGUGACGACUUCAAGACGGCUGGUGGGCUGGUGGAGGCCACAGGCGCCGGCUUCGCCAACACCUGGAAGGCCCAGUUGAGCUGCCACGACAAGCUGGACUGGCUGGAUGACCCCUGCUCCCUCAACAUCGAGAGCGCCAACUACGCUGAGCACUGGUGCUCCCUGCUGAAGAAGACAGAGACCCCGUUCAGCAGGUGCCACUCUGCCGUGGACCCAGCCGACUAUUACAAGAGGUGCAAGUACGACACAUGCAACUGCCAGAGCACGGAGGACUGCAUGUGCGCGGCCCUGUCCUCCUACGCCCGCGCCUGCGCCAUCAAGGGCGUCAUGCUGUGGGGCUGGCGGGAGCGCGUCUGCAACAAGGACGUGGGCUCCUGCCCCAGGUCGCAGGUCUUCCUGUACAACCUGACCACCUGCCAGCCGACCUGCCGCUCGCUGUCCGAGUCUGACACCCACUGUAUCAAGGGCUUCGCGCCCGUGGACGGCUGCGGCUGCCCCGACCACACCUUCCUGGACGAGAAGGGCCACUGCGUGCCCCUGGCCAAGUGCUCCUGCUACCACCAGGGCCUCUACCUGGAGGCGGGGCAGGUCAUCCUGAAGCAGGAGGAGCGAUGCGUUUGCCAGAACGGAAGGCUGCACUGCUGGCACAUCAAGCUGCUCGGCCAGCGCUGUACGGCCCCGAAGAUCCACGUCGACUGCAACAACUUGACGGCGCUGGCCAUCUGGAACCCCAGGCCUGUCAGCUGCCAGACGCUGGCUGCCGGCUACGUGCGUGCUGGUGGCUGCGUGUGCCCCGAGGGGCUGAUUGACGAUGGCCGGGGUGGCUGCGUGGUGGAGGAGGCGUGCCCAUGUGUGCACAACAAGGACCUGUACUCCCCCGGGGAAAAGAUCAGGGUGGACUGCAACACCUGCAUCUGCCAGAAAGGGCGCUGGGCAUGCACCCAGUCCGUGUGCUACGGUACCUGUGCCAUCUACGGGAACAGCCACUACAUCACCUUCGAUGGGAAGUACUAUGACUUCGAUGGACACUGCUCCUACGUGGCCGUUCAGGACUACUGUGGCCAGAACUCCUCACUGGGCUCCUUCAGCAUCGUCACCGAGAAGGUCCCCUGUGGCACCACGGGCGUCACCUGCUCCAAGGCCAUCAAGAUCUUCAUGGGGAGGACGGAGCUAAAGCUGGAGGACAAGCACCGCCUGGUGAUACAGCGCGACGUGGGCCACGCUGUGGACUACACCACGAGGGAAGUGGGCCAGUACCUGGUGGUGGAGGCCAGCAUCGGCAUCAUCGUCAUCUGGGACAAGAGGACCACCAUCUUCGUCAAGCUUGCCCCCUCCUACAAGGGCACUGUGUGUGGCCUGUGUGGGAACUUUGACCAGCGAUCCAGCAACGACUUCACCACUCGGGACCACAUGGUGGUGGACAGCGAGCUGGACUUCGGGAACAGCUGGAAGGAGGCCCCCAGCUGUCCGGACGUGAGCACCACCCCCGAGCCGUGCACCGAGAGGCCGCACCGCCGCUCCUGGGCCGAGAAGCAGUGCAGCAUCAUCAAGAGCCGGGUCUUCGCGGUCUGCCACAGCAAGGUGGACCCCAAGCCCUUCUACGAUGCCUGUGUCCACGACUCGUGCUCCUGCGACACGGGCGGGGACUGUGAGUGUUUCUGCUCUGCCGUGGCCUCCUACGCCCAGGAGUGCACCAAAGAGGGGGCCUGCGUGUUCUGGAGGACGCCUGAGCUGUGCCCCAUAUUCUGUGACUACUACAACCCCCCGAACGAGUGCCAGUGGCAUUACGAACCCUGCGGGAACCGCAGCUUCGAGACGUGCAGGACCAUCAGCGGCCUUCACUCCAACAUCUCCGUGUCCUACCUGGAGGGCUGCUACCCACGGUGCCCUAAGGAAAGUCCCAUCUACAACGAGGACCUGAAGACGUGUGUCACACAGGACAAAUGUGGUUGCUACGUCAAGGACACUCACUACCGACCUGGACAGUCUGUGCCCACGGACCAGAUUUGCCACUCUUGUGUGUGUAACAACUCCUCGCAAGUUGUCUGCCAGCCAGAAGAAGGGAAGAUUGUCACCUCUAAGCAGGACAGCUCCUUCUGCUACUGGGAGAUCUGUGGCCCCAACGGGAUGGUGGAGAAGCGCUUCGACAUCUGCCCGCACACCCCACUACCAUCGUCCCCCUCAACACCCGCCACCACCACCUCUGUCACCCCCAUCACCCCCUCCACCACCACGAGCACCAGUACAGUGCCAUCUUCCUCUUCAAAAACUCCGAGCGCGCCCCAGCCUGGCUGACCAGCGCUGGGUCUUGCUCGCCUAGGGCUAUGCUGCUUCUGGUCCGAGUGGAUCAACGAUGACCAUCCCAGAAUCGGCAGUGAUGGUGGAGACCGAGAGACAUUCAACCGUGUCUGCAGGGCCCCCAAGGAUAUCGAGUGCAGGGUGGCCAUAGAGCCCCACCUCAGCUGGGAAAAGCUGGGCCAGGAGGCUCAGUGCAAUGUCUCCUUCGGGUUCAUCUGCAAGAACGAAGACCAGUUUCGAAACGGACCUUUUGGACUCUGCUAUGAUUAUGAGAUACGAGUCUAUUGUUGCCUGCUGAUGGAUGAGUGUCCCACGACCCCGAUAACGAUCCCCACCACCACCCCAUCAACCACCACUCCCACCCCGCCACCCCCAACUCCCCCCACUACCACCCCGUCAACCCCCACCCCACCCACCCCCACCACCCCCACCCCCACCACCACGCCUCCCACCACCACCACCACCUCAACAGAGACUCCAACCACUACAGAGACCCCAACCACAACACCCACCACCACUUCAACUGGGACUCCAACUCUGACUCCCAGCACCACCUCAACAGAGACUCCUACUCCGACCACUGCAGAGACCCCAACCACAGCACCCACCACCCCUUCAACUGGGACUCCAACUCCGACCCCCACCACAACUACAACAGAGACUCCAACUCCCACCACCCCAGAGACCCCAACCACAACACCCACCACCACUUCAACUGGGACUCCACCUCCGACACCCACCACAACUACAACAGAGACUCCAACUCCCACCACCCCAGAGACCCCAACCACAACACCCACCACCACUUCAACUGGGACUCCACCUCCAACCACCAAGACCCCAACCACAACACCCACCACCACUUCAACUGGGACUCCACCUCCGACACCCACCACAACUACAACAGAGACUCCAACUCCCACCACCCCAGAGACCCCAACCACAACACCCACCACCACUUCAACUGGGACUCCACCUCCAACCACCAGCACAACCACAACAGAGACUCCAACCACUACAGAGACCCCAACCACAACACCCACCACCACUUCAACUGGGACUCCAACUCUGACUCCCAGCACCACCUCAACAGAGACUCCUACUCCGACCACUGCAGAGACCCCAACCACAGCACCCACCACCCCUUCAACUGGGACUCCAACUCCGACACCCACCACAACUACAACAGAGACUCCAACUCCAACCACCCCAGGGACCCCAACCACAGCACCCACCACCAUUUCAACUGGGACUCCAACUCCGACCCCCACCACAACUACAACAGAGACUCCUACUCGGACCACUGCAGAGACCCCAACCACAACACCCACCACCACUUCAGCUGGAACUCCACCUCCAACCACCAGCACAACCACAACAGAGACUCCAACCACUACAGAGACCCAAACCACAACACCCACCACCACUUCAACUGGGACUCCAGCUCUGACUCCCAGCACCACCUCAACAGAGACUCCUACUCCGACCACUGCAGAGACCCCAACCACAACACCCACCACCAUUUCAACUGGGACUCCAACUCCGACCCCCACCACAACUACAACAGAGACUCCUACUCCGACCACUACUCCAACCACUACAGAGACCCCAACCACAACACCCACCACCACUUCAACUGGGACUCCAACUCUGACUCCCAGCACCACCUCAACAGAGACUCCUACUCCGACCACUGCAGAGACCCCAACCACAGCACCCACCACCCCUUCAACUGGGACUCCAACUCCGACCCCCACCACAACUACAACAGAGACUCCAACUCCCACCACCCCAGAGACCCCAACCACAACACCCACCACCACUUCAACUGGGACUCCACCUCCGACACCCACCACAACUACAACAGAGACUCCAACUCCCACCACCCCAGAGACCCCAACCACAACACCCACCACCACUUCAACUGGGACUCCACCUCCAACCACCAGCACAACCACAACAGAGACUCCAACCACUACAGAGACCCCAACCACAACACCCACCACGACCCCCACCACAACCACAACAAGGACUCCAACUCCAACCACUACAGAGACCCCAACGACAACAGCCACCACCAUCCCACCCACCACCCCACCCACCACCACUCUUCCCACCACCCCACUGACAACCUCCACAGUGCCAACAUCCACUGAGUGUUUGCCAGAGUGCCAAUGGACUGGUUGGGCGGAUUCUGGAAUACCAAACUUUUCCAGAGAAGGUGGAGACGUUGAAUCCCUUGAGAACUUCUGUAAUUUGGGCAGGGUAAGCAACAUCUCCUGCAGAGCCACCAUGUAUCCCGACGUUCCCCUCCAAGAGCUUGGACAAAAUGUGGUGUGUAACACCUCUGUUGGGCUCAUGUGUAAAAACCAAGACCAGAAGCCAGGGGGAGCCAUCCCCCAAAGUUACUGUCUCAACUAUGAGAUCAAAGUCUACUGCUGUGCGAUUCCAUUUAAUUGUGUCCCCAGAACUUCGACCACCACCACAGAGAUCCCAACAACGACCCAUACUGCUACUUCAACAGAGACUCCAACCACAACCCCCACCACCACAGAGACCACAACCCGCACCACUACCACACCGACAACCACAGAGACCCCAAUACCAACACACACCACCACAGUGACCCCAACUCCACCACCGACCACGACCUCAACAGAGACUCCAACCACGACCCCUGCCACCACUUCAGCAGAGUUCCAAACCCCAACACCCACCUCCACUUCAACUGGCACUCCAACUCCAACACCCACCACAACCACAACAGAGACUCCAACUCCGACCACUACAGAGACCCCAACCACAACAACUACCACCAUUUCAACUGGAACUCCAACUCCGACCCCCACCUCAACUACAACAGAGACUCCAACUCCGACCACUCCAGAGACCCCAACCACAACACCCACCACCACUCCAACUGGGACUCCAACUCCGACCGCCAGCACAACCACAAGAGAGAUUCCAACUCCGACCACUACAGAGACCCCAGGCACAACACUCACCACCACUUCAACUGGGACUCCACCUCUGACCCCUGGCACCACCUCAACAGAGACUCCAACUCCAACCACUACAGAGACCCCAGGCACAACACCCACCACCACUUCAACUGGAACUCCAACUCCGACCCCCACCACAACCACAACAGAGACUCCCACUCCGACCACUACAGAGACCCCAACCACAACACCCACCACCACAGAGACAAUCCCCACCACUAUCACAACCACAGAGACUCCAACACCAAUAACCACCACCACAGUGACCCCAACACCACCACUGACCACCAGCUCCACAGUGACUCCAACUCCGACCCUCACCAUUAGCACCGCCUCCACAGAGACUCCAACACCUACACCCACCAUAACAGAGACCCCAACUCCAGCAUCCACCACCACAGAAACCCCCUCCCCGACCACUGCCACAUCCACAGAGACUCCAACCCCACCUCCCAAUAUUAGCACUACCAGCAGCACAAUUGUGGAGACAUACAGCACACCACAGACCCCAGCGUUGACAGAACCAGCCAUCACUACAACAGGAGGAACCACGCCCUCUCCACCUACACCUGGCACCACCCCUCCAGUCCCACUGCUGAGCGUUCAGGGAGCUGCUGACCCCACAGUACGUCUCUCCUUGGGCAUGGCUGCCUGUGUCCCGCAUCCCUCAGCCCAUGGCUGUAAGAUGGGCUACAUGGGCAAAGCCAUCCUGCUGGGAGACCACCGAGGCUCGCCAACCUCGGGUCCCACCUCCUCGAAGACCACUCCCACCCAUGGAACCACGACUGGGCCCCCUUCAUCCACCACAGGCCCCCCUUCCACACCCACACCCACUCCUGCGACUGUGUCAAUGACUUCCAAGGGAACUUCCACACCAAUAGGACACUCGUCGACCAUGCCACCCACGCCACAGACCACCAGCACCUUGACCUCCAGUGUGACCACCCCCACGGUGAUCCAAUUAACCUCACCCAACAUCACCACGAGCAUCGUCUCAGUUAUCACCUCCACCCACAGGACAUGCUGCUAUUUCAAUGACACGUACUAUGCCCCAGGUGAGCUGGUGUACAACAGCACACAUGGAGACACCUGCUAUUACGUGAACUGCUCGCUGGAGUGCACCCUAGAGAUCUUCAACUGGUCCUGCCCAUCCAUACCCUCCCCAACUCCCAGCCCAUCCACACCCACCACCCGGUCAUCCAUGACAUCCAGUGUGCCGCCCACCACCAAGCCCCCUGCGUGCCUGGACUUCGAUCCUCCCAGACAGGAGAAUGAGACCUGGUGGCUGUGUAACUGCACCAUGGCCAUCUGCAAGUACAACAACACCGUGGAGCUCGUGGAGGUGAAGUGCGACCCCCCACCCAUGCCCACCUGCUCCAACGGCCUCAUGCCUGUGCGCGUCGAGGACCCCGACAAGUGCUGCUGGCACUGGGAGUGUGACUGCUACUGCACGGGCUGGGGGGACCCGCACUACGUCACCUUCGAUGGGCUCUACUACAGCUACCAGGGCAACUGCACGUACGUGCUGGUGGAGGAGAUCACCCCCACCGUGGACAACUUCGGGGUCUACAUCGACAACCAGCACUGUGACAUCAACAGCCAAGCGCCCUGCCCCCGCACGCUCAUCGUGCGCCAUGAGACCCAGGAGGUGCUGAUCAAGACCGUGCACACGAUGCCCAUGAGGGUGCAGGUGCAGGUCAACAGGCAGGCCGUGGCGCUGCCCUAUAAGAAGUACGGGCUGCAGGUGUACCAGUCAGGCAUCAACUAUGUGGUGGACAUCCAUGAGCUGGGUGCCCUCAUCUCCUACGACAGCCUUUCCUUCUCCAUCCGGCUGCCCUACCACCGGUUCGGCAACAACACGAAGGGCCGCUGUGGCACGUGCACCAACAACACCUCGGAUGACUGCAUGCUGCCCGGUGGGGAGGUCGUCGCCAACUGCGAGGUCGCGGCUGGCCACUGGGUGGUGGACGACCCCUCGGAGCCGCACUGUGCCCACAGGGGCUUCACCAGCGAGCGCCCGGCCACCUGGCCGUCGGUGGGCAGCAGCCCAACCACCGGGGCGGGCUCUCCAUCUCCACUCUGCGAGCUCAUCAAGGACAGCUUGUUCGCCCCGUGCCACACUGUGGCAUCCCCCAAGCACUACUACGAAGCCUGCAUAUUCGACAGCUUCACCGUGCCCAACUCAAGCUUGGAGUGUGCCAGCCUGCAGACCUACGCAGCCCGCUGUGCCCAGGAGGGCAUCUGCGUCGACUGGCGGAGCCACACCGGCGGGGCCUGCCUGGUGACGUGCCCGGCGCACCAAGAGUACCGGGCCUGUGGUCCCAUGGAGGAGCCCACCUGCAAGUCCAGCCCCACCCAGGCAAAGAGCCCACGCCUGGUGGAAGGCUGCUUCUGUCCCGAGGGCACCACCAACUAUGCGCCCGGCUUCGACGUCUGCGUGGACCUGUGCGGCUGCGUGGGGCCCGACAACACGCCCAGAGAGUUUGGGGAGCACUUCGAGUUCGACUGCAAGGACUGCAUCUGCCUGGAGGGGGGCAGCGGCAUCACCUGCAGGCCCAAGACAUGCCACCCGGGGCCCCUCGUGGAGUGCAAGGAGGAGGGCACCUACGCUGUCACAGAGGCCGACCCUGCCAACACCUGCUGCAACAUCACCUCUUGCAAGUGCAACGCCAGCCUGUGCAGCAGGAAGCCCCCGCUGUGCUCGCUGGGCUUCGAGGUGAAGAGCGAGAUGGUCCCUGGGAGGUGCUGCCCCUUCUACUCGUGCGUGCCCAAGGGCGUGUGUGUUCUCGGGAAAGCUGAGUACCAGCCCGGUUCUCCAGUCUUCUCCUCCAAGUGCCAGAACUGCAUAUGCACCAAACACAGGGACAACGCCACGCAGCUCAACAACAUCUCCUGCACCCACGUGCCUUGCAACACCUACUGCAACCGCGGCUUUGAGCUGGUGGACGCCCCCGGCGAGUGUUGCAAGAAGUGCCAGCAGACCCAGUGCAUCAUCAGCAUCAACAAGCCCGGCAGCCAGAGCCUGGUCCUGAAGGGCUCCAUCACACUCAUGCCCAAUGGCUGCUGCAGGAAAUGCCUCCCUCGCAAUGAGACCAGGGCCCGCUGCUCCACUGUCCCCCGCGUCAGGGAAAUUUCACACAAUGGCUGCACCAAGCUGGUCACCAUGAACGACUGCUCCGGGUCCUGCGAGACCUUCUCCAGGUACUCGGUCGAGGCCCAGUCCCUGGACCACAGGUGCUCCUGCUGCAAGGUGCAGCGCACCAGCCAGCGGGAGGUGGUGCUGCAGUGCCCGGGCGGGCACUGGCUCCGCCACACCUACACCCACAUUGACAGCUGUCUGUGCCAGGACACCGUGUGCGAGCUGCCCCCCCAGCACAGGGCCCGGCGCUCUGGCCCCAGGGACCCGGGCCCGGGGUGGGGAAAGCCCUCUGAGCCCGAAUUUGUGAAAAAGGACUCAGUCCCUUUCGCAGCCAUUAAGCUGCAUGUGCACCUGUUUGUGUGCAUGCUCUCAGGCACAGCUGUGCCAGGGCAGAGGCGGCAGAUGUUGCCAACCCCCUGGGCGGCAUGGGGGACACCUUCUGUAAAUGGGGACUUGGCAGGACAGGGCACAGGAGACAAGGACCAGUUCGGCCAGGUGGGCGGCCCUGCCCCGGGGACCUGGAAGCUGGGCUACAAGCUCUCCGCCACUGCCUUGGGUGCCGUGGGAACAGGCCUGCCCACCUCUGCCCCUGGCCAGGAGGCUACGUGCCCCCCCCGCACCGUUCCCUCGAGCUCACUGAUUCUGGACCUGCCCCAGGGCAGGGCCCACGAGUUCCCACCAGGUCUCAUGGUACUGCAGCUCAGCUACGCUUGA